AUGUACCUGCCAAAAAAGCAUGAAAUCGAGGGAGUGAUGUUGCUUGUUCCCCGAGCCCGGGCCCACUACGUCUUGCUUGUUCGACCUUACGCCAAAUCAGUACUGACUGCAAGUAGGCUCGCGGACCGCAAGACUCACCUUACAUGCUUCUCAAAAAAAGCAGGGAUGCGGUCACUUGAGAGCCCCGGGACUUGGAAUUGGGAAUCUCGUUACUUGAGUGGAUGCUGGCUGUGCCGGUGUGGAUAUGGGGCCCAACCCAGCAAGCACCUUCGCAUCGCAACAAGUGUGGUCCUGUCGCUCGCUACCUUGACGGCUCCAGUCGGACGGUCAGACUCCUCCCCCUCCACGCACACCAUCUGGGUCCCAGCAGCGUGUAGCAUCCCUCCCCUGCACGGCGAGAAAGAAGGCAAGCACGCACGGCUGGGAAAUGAUUGUUGUGUUGGAUCACCUUACAUAGAUAGAUACCUG